GGCAUUGUGCCUCGAGCAGCACCUGUCCAAGUUCCAACACACGGACCACAGUUUAAAUAAGAUCAAUAGGCGCUGUGUCGAUCGGCAUCUCAGACGGCUGUUAAGUCGUCAUAGUUGGGCUUUUGCGACUCAGCGAUCUAGCAUCUGUAUUGUCCGACAAACGUUAUGUUUUUUCAUUGAAUGACAGCUACGAAAAAGCUGCGCAUUCUUUGUCUCCAUGGAUAUCGACAAAAUGAUGUGCUGUUUCGUGAGAAGACUGGUAGCUUACGAAAACAAUUCAAGAAAUAUGCGGAUUUCGAAUUUAUGAGUGCUCCUCUGGUACCGAAUGUCGAUCCUGGAGAACGUGGUGACGUGCGGGGUUGGUGGUUCUCGAAAGAGGAUAAUCAGUUCAGUUCUCGUGACGUCUGCUCAAUAGCGACAGGAUUUGAACAAUCGGUGGCAGCAGUGAGCGACUACGUGCAUGCGAAUGGCCCAUUCGAUGGGAUCUUGGGAUUCAGUCAGGGAGCAUCGAUGGCUCAUUUAUUGUUAGCUAUGGAACAGCUCGGUGAAAAAUGUAUAAUCAUGGGCAAUUGCAUUAGCGAAGACGCUCAACGAGGUCAUAAAGAUUUUUUGAAGAACGUCAAAUGUGAUCCAGAGAAGCAGGUUACGUCAUUUCGUGUAUACCUGCAUAGAAGAAACAAAUUUAUCCACGCCUGGCUACGAAUCUCUGCUGAAGAUGUUACACUGGAAAGGUCGAAAACAGACGUGAUUGUUUGGCCGCUUCAGUUUUUGCGACGUUACGGCUAUACUUCAGCUGGUGUUUUCUUCUUUGAAAGUGGCAGACGUUGUCCUACCGGAGAGGGUUUACAUACAUUCCAAAGUCAAAAUGCCGAUGCUAUCUUUCAGCUUGUACAAUCACGGAUACAAGACAAUGCAAAUAUUCAUCAUGCUGAAACUAUGAAACGUAAUGAAAGGGCGAGGAGCACGGGGCCAACAAUGGGUGCAGGUGUAUCCUUACGAUGUAUAAAUCCCAUACAACGAUAUGGAAGUGAAGGUGCGGGGGUCGGCUCAGAAUAUCUCAAUCACCCUUCAGGCUAUAACUCCUAUCAUCGCGGUUCGGCACAGCGACUUCGCAAUGUGGUCAUACCUCCUCCACCGCGACCAAGAAGUGUGGGUGAAGCCGACUCGGCAUGUUUACCUCCUGACAGUUUUCACCCACAUCGUCAUAAUACAUUUGUGGAUCAGCGAAUCGUUGGAAAUAUUGUCUCUGAAAACACGAAUCCAUCAGCCAUGGAUGAUGCAACAUUGGGCAGGAAAAGCUCAGCAGCGAGCCAAUGUUCAAGUGUAUUUUCUGUCCCCUAUGUGAAUAUUUCUCCUCAAGAGGUUUUCAUCGAUGCACCGCCCAGAACUCGCGGAGUAUCCUCUUCGAGUAGCCAAUGCAGUCUUCCACCUACACCCACACGAACAAUGUUUCCAUUGCGAUGGGAUACUGGAGCAGGAUCAACGAAUGUGCUCUGCUAUACCAAACCACUUUCACCGCCACCAAGUUACAGUAGUCAUGACAAUACAUUGACAGUAGCCGAUGCUACAUCACCAGGACGUUAUGUAAAUAUAACCGAGGCGGGCGGUAGAACGCUGCUGGAGCGAAAUGGGAACAGCUCUCCACACGCACUCAAUUAUGCUGAAGUGGGUGUAGGAACCGAACCUGAACGAGUCCCAAGCAGAUGCUCAUCUGUGGGCCAACGUCCUGAUGGUGAAAAUGGCGUUCCAGUAAAUUAUACACUGAUUGAUGCCGAAAAGACUAGAGCAUUGCAAGCAGCUAAUGCCGCAAAUGGAGAACGACGAAGGAAUCUUACAGGACAUUAGGAUCGCACACCAUCACAAUGUGGAUCUCAGCUCUUGUUUCUCUUCUGCUUUUAUCUACAUACGCAUGUCAGUCCAUCCAUGUGACAUUGGCUUUGCUUCGAUGCUUUUGAUGGUAUGGCAGUAAUUUGAAAGGCUUCGAUACUGGACGUAAUUACGGACUGCCUGUAUCACUUCUAGGCAGACCGUUCUCUCGUAAUCCGCGAUUAAGAUCAGUCCACGCGGAGGGAAGUUACAAUCAUGAUGAAUUCCUCUUUCCUCUCAUGUACACAAGUGUCGUUCAUAUGAUUGGUGUCAUACUUGUCCAGAAUCGGGUCUAGCUCAAUCCAGAGGCGGUCAGGAUCCAUUUCGGAUCCGAAUUUGACUGGGAUACCUGCGGCGUGACUGCAGCCGUUAGCAAGUGAAUGCGGCCGCUGCGCGAGAUCCCGAAUGGAUAUUCGAAUCUCACUGUGACACCACUUUACAGUGCACUUCCUCACAUAAAAUCUGUGUGUCGCACGACACCGAAGUUAGGUUCGACGCGGUAUACACUGAGGAUUUCGUCUUACCAUGCUGUUCAAUUUUCUUUUGGAAUUAUUUGUACUGUUCAUUCGUUAUUGUUAUUCAUAUACUUAUUUUCUUCACAUCAUUGCUUUACACAAAGCUUUCUUUCCUAUUUCGUUUUCCCUCUACGUUGUUUUAGAUGUCUUGUUCUUGCCAUAUUGCAAUCUUGCUCCUGAUACCUUUUGUGCCUUGCCUUUUUUGGUGCUACAUUAUCUACUUCGCGCGUCUUCCACCAAAUUGUCUAUCCAACAGAUUCGUCAUACCUCAUCAUCUAAUUCUUGCUUUCUGUAUCAAAGCUCACAGUUAUUUUUAUUUCUAAAUUGAACUUUUCGGCUUUACAAAUUUGAUCGUCAUUGUGCAUGCUGCCCGGUUGAAUUCUAAUCUCUGCAUAUUUUUUCAACAAAAUUGAUAUGGUGCUAAAAUCUGUUCUUGUUCUCAGUAAAAGAG